UAUUUUCUAGUAAAUAAUCAGGCGUUUUAUUUUCUAGUAAAUCGAUCCUAAUUGAAUAUCGAAAAAUCGGAUAAUUAUUUUUUUUUUCUAGUUUAAAUUGGACCGGAGGACAUCGUCCUUUUUUUUUGCUGCAGAGAUGAAUCACUUUGUGUGCCUGCUGGCCACAGCUUUUUACCUCUGCCUGCAGCUGCAGGUGGAUGCCGGGUCUCACCUGAGUAUGAUUGAACAGACAGUGAUUGCAGCAAAGGCCGAGGUGGACUCCGCUUACAGCUACUCCCGCAGAGUGUCACUGGAGCGCGUCAGGAGGAACAGUGUUAGCCCUUCAGAUAUCCUCCGGAUACAGAAGCAGCCCGCAGGUCAUUCACGUGUCGCCGUGCGUUCAGCAGACUACAUGGAACACGCGGUGAAAAUGAUCCAGAGCAACCUCGCAAGACGCAGUAAGCGUUCGGUCAACGCAACAGAUCUGCUCUCUGAGGAGGAUCUGGAGUUCAUCGCUAAACUGACCGGCUGCUCUGCGCGCACACGUCCGCCCUCCUGCAAGACGACUCCCAACCUAGACGAGUAUCGCACUGCACCCAGCGUCUGCAACAACAGGAAAAACACACGAUGGGGAUCCUCCAACAUCCCUUUCGCCCGCUGGCUGGAUGCUGAGUACCAGGAUGAUACGUCUCUGCCUAAAGGCUGGGACCCUGCAGUAAAAGUCAACAAGAAUUUUCUCCCCCUGGUGAGAGAAGUGUCCAACCAGAUUAUGAAAACAAAAACCUCUGACUUGAAGGACGAUCCCCUCUUCACUCACCUGCUGACCAUCUUCGGUCAGUGGACGGACCACGAUCUGACUUUCACUCCUCACUCUCCUGUCAUCCGCUCCUUCAGUGAUGGCAUCGACUGUGACAAGACCUGUGAGCGCACAGAGCCCUGCUUCCCCAUCGAGAUUCCCAAGAAUGACCCCCGCCUCUACUCUCAACCAGAUCAGUGCAUGACCUUCUUCCGCUCGGCAGCAGCUUGUGGUUCUGGCAACACCGGGCACAUGUUUGGUGCGAGCACUGUCCGCCAGCAGAUGAACACUCUGACAUCUUUCAUCGAUGCAGGUCAGGUGUACGGUUCAGACGACACCAAAGCUCAAUUCCUCCGGGACCUCAGUACAGACGAGGGGCUGUUGAGGGUCAACACAGAGUUCACUGAUAACGACAGAGAGCUCCUUCCCUUCAGCAGCAUGACCAGUAACAUGUGUGCUACCCGUGCUAAAAUCACCAACCAAAACGACACAGAGGAGGUGCCGUGCUUUCUCUCAGGUGACGAGCGCUCCAACGAGAACAUCGGUCUGUCGUCUUUGCACACACUUUUCAUGCGCGAGCACAACCGCCUGGCUCGUGCUUUGGCCAAACUCAAUCCUCACUGGAACGGAGAGAGACUCUACCAGGAGGCACGCAAGAUCAUGGGCGCAUACUUCCAGGUGAUCAUGUACCGAGACUACUUAUUCCACAUUGUCGGCCCGGACGUGAUGGCCAAGCAGCUAUCCACCUACCCUGGUUAUGAUGAAGAUGUUGACCCCAGCGUCUCCAAUGUGUUCGCCACUGCUGCUUACAGAUUUGGCCAUCUGAUGGUUCAGCCCUUCAUGUUUCGUCUCAACGAGACAUAUGAGGAGCAUCCUGAGUACCCCAGCCCGCUGCUGCACAAAGCGUUCUUCACUCCAUGGAGGAUUACACACGAAGGUGGCUUGGACCCAUUCAUAAGAGGUCUGGUGGGCCGGACGGCAAAGCUGAACAUGCCGAAUUCAAGGAUGCACGAUGAGCUAAGGGAUCUGCUGUUUAAGUUCUCCGAACGGAUGGCUCUAGACCUUGCCGCUCUCAACAUGCAGAGAGGAAGAGACCACGGUCUCCCUGGCUACAACGCCUGGAGGAAGUUUUGUGGGCUGUCCCAACCAAAGAAUCUUGCCGAACUGACUAAAGUUAUGGGAAACCUUGAGCUGGCAAAGAAACUCCUGAAGCUCUACGGCACGGCCGACAACAUCGACGUGUGGCUCGCGGGUGUGGCCGAGCCAUUGGUGGAUAACGGGAAAGUGGGACCCCUGUUCGCCUGCCUGAUCGCCACACAGUUCCAAAAGAUCCGCCAAGGAGACCGGCUGUGGUGGGAGAACGAGAAUGUCUUCACUGAAGCUCAGAGGUAUUCCCUGAGGGAUACGUCGCUCGCUCGGAUUAUUUGUGACAACACGGGGAUCGAAGAAGUGCCAGAACAGCCUUUCCAGUAUCGGCCUCGAGGGAAAGGUUACACCCUGUGUAAGAACAUACCUGAUUUUGACCUCACCCCGUGGAUUGAGAAUGAACAACGCCCACAUGGUACAGGAAAAACAGGCCCCCCAGGACCUCCUGGCCCCAGAGGCCUUCCAGGUCCCCCAGGCCCUCCUGGACCCCCUGGUGACGCACAUCACGUGGCUUUCUCUGUGAGGUUGGGCAACGACCACCCCCAGUCCGGAUUUCCCAUCCCCUUCCGUGAUGUCAUCUACAACGGCCAGGGCAGUUACGACCUAAAGACUGGAUACUUCACCUGCGACCAAUCAGGCGUCUAUCAGUUCACGUUCUCCUGCACCAUCAACAACAUUGCCGCAACCGUGGAUCUCCUGCGCAACGGAAAACCCUUCUACCACUCCUUCACCACCUUCCAGAGGGGUUACUCGACAGCCAGUGGCACGGUGUACGUGAAGCUUGUGAAGGGGGACAAGGUGUGUCUGAUGGCCGAGCAGGGUUCUAACGGUAUGACUGCCGACAGCUACUUCUCAGGGAACUUCUUGUUCGAUGAGUAAGUGACUUAACACAGCAAGACAUGCUCCUGACCUCUCUUUAGUUUAAUCUUCACCUCUGAAAAGCUGAAUAAACACAUCGGCCCCUCCCCCACAUCCAAAGCUAUUUAUUUAAGUCCCACAUGAAUUGGGUGCAUAUUAUUUAUGUUUUGAAAACUAAAGCACUUCAGGAUUUGUGCAAUAAUUGAAUGACUCCAUUUAGGAUAUGAAGUAGGACAUGAAGACACCGAGGCCGGGCUUCUGUUCAAAACAAUCGCUUUUUAAAGUCCUCAUGAAACCGGAACCUCCAAAGUAUCCUACCGCCUUGUCGUUAUGUAUUUCCAACUGAAGCAGGGUAGAACCAAUCACAAGAUAAUGACGUUGGGAUCGACAAAGCUUUUUAAUUGGUCAUAAAAUGAGUGCAGCAUGAGUCAUUAGACAUUUAAAUUUGGUUUACUCAGGUUAAAAACUCAGAUAAUACUUUGUUGAAAUUUAUUUGGCUAUUUUUAUUUGUGUUUUUUUCUUUUCAUGAGGACUUUAAACAAGCAGGAGCCCCCCCCCCCCACACACACACACACUAUUUCUAAUGAACAUUGCUGAAAAAAAGCACAAAUGUAAAAUACUUCCAUUUUUGGGAGGUAUCGAAGCUUUAUAUUUAAUGAAGGAGUGUUCAACCUGCAACAGAAGCCUGAAAGAAGAGCAUAGUUUCCUCUACCUGUCUACUUAAAACAAUGUGAACAUUUUUGAAUUGUGAAUCUUAUUGUCUUUUGAAUGAAUCAUUUUAUUGUCUUUUUUCUGCACACUGUGCAAAACAGUUCAGCAUUUACAGCCUAACUGUCCAGCAAAUGAAUAUCUACUAUCAUGAAGUCUUGAAACAAGCUGCAUUUGUGAGAGAUCUGAUUCUUAAUUUUAUUGAUUAUUUAAAAUAAAAAAUAAAAAACA